AUGACCAAAUUCGAAACCGCGCUCCGUCUAAUCGACGAAGCCCACGCCCAAGACCCCACCAUCACCACCAUCAACAACACCCCAAUCCCUUACGAACUGCACUACGCCCAAAAAAUGACCAAAUACCUCCAAAAGCGAUCCCCAGACGCCUCGGAGACCCUCCAACUCGCCGUCCGCGCCCAACACCUCAAACGCUGGGAAGUCCCUCGCAGCUCGUACCCGGCCGGCAAAGUAGGCUACUACUCGUGGCGCGGAUACCUGGCGCGGCGACAGGCGGAACUGGUCGAGCAGAUGUGCGUGGAGAGCGGGUACUCUGCGAGCGAGGCGGGGAGGGUGGGCGCGUUGGUGCGCAAGGAGGAUCUGAAGAAGGGGGAGGAGGAGACGCAGGUGUUGGAGGAUGUGGCGUGCUUGGUGUUUUUGGAUGAUCAGUUUGAGGAGUUUGAGAGGGGGUAUGAGGAGGAGAAGGUGAUUGGGAUUUUGCAGAAGACGUGGGCGAAGAUGUCGGAGAAAGGGCAUGAGUUGGCGUUGGGGAUUGAGAUGUCGGAGAGGGCGAAGGGGUUGGUUGGGAAGGCUUUGAGUUGA